UCCUCAGUUUCUGGCUCCCUCCCUCUUCUGUUUUAUCUUCCAGAAUCCCAUGACUCCACCUUCACUUCUCCUCCCCCCAACACACCACACCAGACCACACCCUCUCUAAGAUUUCUCUCCUUCUCUUAGACUUGUACACCACACAAACAUACAAGAACAUGUCGUUGGGUAAGCGACCGAGACACCCAAUGAAUCGAACAACUAGCAUGUCAGAGAUCACUUUCGAUCUGAGCACCAGCAGCACUGGUACUGAAUCUGGAACCCAAGAACAGGCAGAUGGGCCGGACCAACUGUUCUCACCCAGAAGUACCCAAACCCAUCAUAGGAAGACCGCCUCUUCAAGUGGGUUCUUGGAGACUCCUUUCUUGCGGUCUUGCUCUCUCUGCAGGCGCCGCCUCGUCCCUGGUCGCGAUAUUUAUAUGUACAGGGGUGAUAAUGCAUUUUGCAGCCUAGAGUGCAGACAACAACAAAUGAAUCAGGACGAGAGGAUAGAGAAGUGUUCAUUGGCUUCUAAGAAGGAAGUUGUUUCCACCAUAGGAGCUUCACAAGUCUCCACCGAGGCUGCCGUUCAACUUUAGAUUGAACAAAAUACCAACUCAGAUCUAUUGCGCUGCUUAAUUUGAACCAAUCAUACCAAACCAGAGAAAAAAAGAGAGGGUAUAAUUAUUAGUGUAUUAUAUGGGUAGGGGUUGCUUUUAUCUUACGUGGGUUUGAGUAAUUAAGAUCUUAAUACCAUAUCAUGUUCAAGUCUUCUCUCUCAGGUUUGGUUUCUACCUUUCUACCUAGUAAUGGAAAAAAAAAUGUAUCUCUUCAUUACUAAUUGCUGUUUGUGUUGAUUAAAGGAGA